AUGAUCUAUCUCUGGGAUGUUCACUGCUAUUCUGCGUCCAGUUUUCACGAUUCGCCGACGCUGCGAAGCACAUUACGCGGACAUCAAGGAGAUGUCACGGCGCUCGCUUCGACCUCAAACGGAGAGUUCUUGUUUUCGGGAGGACGCGAUCAUUCCAUUCGGUGUUGGAACACGAUCGCUGGAAAGUUCGUUCGAUUGGUGGAAGACGCGCACAACAACCUCGGGAAACACCACGGGGAAAUCACGCACCUGCUCUGCGUUCAGAACGAUCAGAACCUGAUCACUGUCUCCUUGGAUGGCUCGGUGAAGCGAUUCAAACUGGCUCCCUUCCCUGCAACAGCGUCUCCGGAUGAAUCGCCCGUCGAGGAGAGCAUCGACGCGAUUUUGUCGAGCGUGGAUUCGUUCCUCUCCAUUGACAAUUUGCUCAGCUUCGACGCGGAGACUCCCUCGAUGCUGAGUCCGCUCCACGCCUCGGAAGCUCCCUCCAGCAGCGAGCAGGACACGCUCGAGCGAAGCUUCUGCUUGAACCAGUCGGUCGGCAUUGCCCACGUCUGCUUCAACGCGGCUCGCUCGCUCCUCGCCGUCUCCUUCGCCACUCCCGCCAUUUUUCUGCUCUCUGCGGACCGAAUCGAUUCCGAUGCGUGGAGUUCGCCGCCUUUUUGGGUCCUGGAAGGCCACAGCGCCGCCGUGACCUGCUUCGCCGUGGACUCGCACUGCCAUCUCGUCUCCGGCUCCACCGACCACCAGCUGCUUCGGCACGAAUUCGCCUCCUUCGCCUGCACCGGCAGCCAGAAUCUCCAGCGAGCCAUCCAUGCCAUCUCCUGCGUCCAUGAGUGGAGUUUUGUGGGGUCGUCCGACUACGCGAUUCUCGCUUCCUCGCCCCAAGCGGAGGCCUUUCUGACCGGCCAUUGCGGCCAGAUCACCUCGCUGGCGCUCGCGCGUUCCGACGGAAUUCUCGUUUCCGGGAGUUUCGAUGUGAGUGUUCCGCGGGAAUCUGACCUCUAG